CUGGAAAAUGUUUCCGCCAGCGCCGCAGUCGCAUGUGGUCCUCGCGAUGGCCAAGGACGAUUUCUAUGUAUCCCAGUUCCACCGCGCCCUGAGCGACGUCGUGGAGAAGCUCAAGCUGUGGGGCCGAUCAGACUCCUCCGUGGGCGGUUUGCAUCUGGAUCCUGAACUGACCCUCGUGUCCAAACUCGUGUACUAUAUCUUUGCAGGGAGCCAAUCGAUGGGAGAAGAAUAUUGUGAAAUUUACCGCGUGCAACAUGGCGGUGCCUUCCCAACAGUCGUUGGGAACGCUUCCAACAUGGCGUGGAUAUUCCUGCAAACCAUCGUGCCAUACGUCAAACAGCGCGCGACGCUAGGAUGGUCUCAGCUGCAACCCGGUGAGCAAGAGCAACGACUUCAAGCGGCUCGAGCACGAGCUCGGGAACAAAUGAGAUUGCGUCAAGACGACCACAUACUAGUAUCUGAUGGAGUGCCUAACACUGAUGACAGGCGGAGACUCCCGACCCAUCGAGGAAAUACGCUGGGGGUAUGCUUGAAGACGCUGGACGCAUGGUCCAAGUACGUCAAGGACAAAUUCAAGCAAUGGGAGGCUCGCUGCGGCGUCAGCUUCGACGGCGUGGUGCAGGGCCUCAUUCAACUGCACUUGGCGUUCUUUUAUCUGCAUGGGAACUACUUCCAUCCUGCCAAGCGCGCGGCAGCCAUCCGAUACAUCUUGACCUACCGACCUGCGCACCACACGUUUGCCCAGUUUUCCAUAUUGGGCAACUUGAUCCUGAUCCAAGCCGCCCUAACCGCCUCUCUCAACCUCCCAACCAUUUUUCGGGCUAUCGUGGGCCAGAAUCUCCUGUCUCGUUCGUCAACUAGUCAACCGCCGACACUGCGGGGAAGCCAAAGGGUUCCGUCGAUGGACAUCUCACGGCCUUCGUCCUCGUCGCAUGCAGUCGUCAAGAAAUGUGUGCUGUGUCUGGCGGAGCGCACGCAUCCCUCCGUGACUCCUUGCGGGCACCUCUUUUGCUGGGAGUGCAUCGUUGGAUGGUGCCAAAACAAACCAGAAUGCCCGCUGUGUCGCCAACUCGUGCUUCCGCAGGACAUCAAGUGCUUGUACAACUACCGGUGACAAAGCAUGCGAUUGGUAGGAGAUAGUUAAAGUACGCAUUGCGAGCAGAUUUCUUAUUUCCUCG